AUGUCUUCCUCAAUACUCGCCGCCAACACUCACCAUGCAGCAGUGACGCGGAAUGAGAGAGAUAGUAAGGCUGUUCUUCAUCAACAACAACAACAGAAAGCAAGAACGCAGAACAACUUUGACAAUGCUUCCAAUGGAGGGUCUACUGUGAGGCCAGCUUCGGCAUUGGUUUCAUCCACGAAUCGGGAGGUAAAGACUCGAUCCAGAGGGAGUAGUAAUGUAACGUUUAAGGAGGGACAUGAAGUGUUAGAGGGACCUCCUGCGAUGACGUCAUCGUCAAGAAAUAACAACAACAAUAGUAAUAGCGGAGGAGGAACUUCUAAUAGUUCUCGGAAUCAGGGAACGCCAACGAUGGUUUCGACUACCACUUCACAACAACAAACCCUCAACAGUAGCUCCCCGUCAAUACAAGCACAACAACAACUGAUCUCAAGCCACAUCUCUUCACGACAAAUGCAACAUCAUGGAGUGGAACAACCGAGUGGAUCUCAUCGAGCCAGGUUGGACAUUGUUAGCGAUGUUGGUGGAACACAAACGAAUUUGGAAAAUGCUCCAAAAGUUGCUCACCCUCUGAUACCGACUCUACAUGAACAACAAACAAAAACACAAAGUGACAAAAAUUCACCCUUGUUGGGUGGACCCUUAAUAGAAUUUGACGAAUUGCUAGAAUUUGUCAAGAAAAUUGUGAGCAUUAGUGAGGCUUUGAAAGAUUCAAAACUGAAGAAAAAUGGAAAUGUUAUUCAUAUACGAUUGUUACAUAUUGAGGAUGAAGUGACGCACUGGGGAAGAGAUUUAAUUAAACAAUCGAAUGACAAACAAAUAGGAAAGGCUCUCCAGUUACUCUACCAACAAUUAACAAAAGUACAUACCCUCCUUUCUAAAAUUCAACGGUGUAAAUGGUUUGUAGAUAUACGAUUCUCAAAGAAGGCAAAAAAGCUCACAGAAGAAUUGGACAAUGUGACGACAAUUUUAGGAGUGAGCAUUACGUAUUUCAAGGCACAAACUGCCUAUGCCAAUGUACAUAAAUUAGGCAUAGUGUCAGGAUAUCCAGAUAUUGACAUAUUUGAUCUUGACGACAAGAAUAAUCUUGCUUUGGCAGCUGACCGAUUUUAUAUGGGACAUGGUGUGACGCAGAAUUUUGAAAUGGCCUAUCGACUCUAUUUACACGCAGCACGGUUAGAAGAAGCACGGUCACAAUAUAUCGUAGGCUCAAUGCUCAUUGAUGGUGUUGGAGUUGAAAAAGAUUCUCGACUUGGUGUCAAAUGGAUCCUUAAAUCAGCUUCUCAGGACUACCCCGAUGCUCUCAACCAAAUGGGAAUUUUCUAUGAGACUGGUUUCAUUGUGGAACAAAACUUUGAGACGGCAGCUAAAUUUUAUUUAAGGGCCUCUCAUAUGGCUCACUUGGAUGGCAUGACGAACUAUGCUGCUCUUCUCUUACAAGGAAAGGGUGUGGAGAAGAAUGAAAAGAAAGCAGCAUGGCUCCUAAAGAAGGCAUGUGAAAGAAAUUAUGCCAAAGCACAGAAUGAACUCGGUGUCAUGUACUACAAAGGAUUAGGAGUUGAGGAAGCUCCUGACAAAGCUGUUGAACUUUUCACGCAAAGUGCUGACAAGGGAAAUGUGUAUGCUCUCAACAAUUUGGGAAUUGCUUACGAAGAAGGAAAAGGUGUGGUUCGUGACUAUGCAAAGGCUACCAUUUGUUAUGAAAAGUCUGCGAGACUUGGUAACAUUAACGGUUUGAACAAUUUGGGAUAUAUCAAAUUAUUGCAGAAACAAUAUGACCAGGCAUUGGAUUUACUGCAUGAAGCUGCAGAUCGAGGAAGUGUGGAUGCCAUGUAUAAUAUUGGCAACAUGUACAGGUUAGGGUUAGGUGUGACUGCCGAUAUUACCAUCGCUUUCAAGUUUUUCUACAGAGCUGCCACGUUGGGACAUGUCAAAUCUCAACGGAUUGUAGCUGAUAUGCUUUAUUCGGGCAAGUAUGAGUCCAUUCCAGCUAACAAAAAAGAAGCAGCAUCGUUUUAUUACAAGGCUGCCCUUAAUGGAGAUGCUGAAAGCUGUAACAAUUUGGGAAUAAUGUAUGAAGAUGGUUGUGAAGGUCUUCAUAAGGACGAGCAAAAAGCAAUCGAAUGGUUUCGACGAGGGGCAGAACUUGGAAGUGACAAUGCCAUGUAUAAUCUUGCAACAAUUCUCGAAAGGAGGAAUCAACAAGAGCAAGCAAAAGCGCUAUUACGUCGUGCAAGCUCAAUGGGAAAUAGCAAGGCCAGAGAGAGAAUUGGUAUUGUGUUGGAAUGA